ACGGCGAUGGGGAGCUGGGCCCUGGCGUGGACGGUGCUUUGCAGCCUGGUCGCUGCAACCCUGGUCUCGGCUGAUGAAGACUGCAAGUGGUACAUAGACAGAAAUGGCUCCUGGCACCGUGGCAUAGACUGCAACUUCCCCUCUUUCUGCUGUGGUGAUUGCUACCAUCGCUUCUGUUGCUUUGAUUUCAGGAACCUUCUCACUGAACGGCAGCAAAAGCACUGCAUGACCUUUGGGCCAAGGACCAUUGCUGGCAUCGCUUCAGCUGUGAUUCUCUUUGUGGCCAUUGUUGCCACCAUCGUCUGCUGCUUCCUGUGUUCCUGCUGCUACUUGUACCAGCGACGGCAUCACAUGCAGACUCCUUAUCAAGGUCAGGAGAUUCCACUUUCUGGUUAUCCUGAUCAGCCUCCAGGCCCUUAUCCUGUGGAUCCAAAAGCAGGGCCAGCAUUUCAUCCUGGAUAUGCACCUGUGUUUCCCUACCCACCUACAGUUCCAGCAGCACAGUAUCCUCUAUAUCCACCGGGGCCACCGUACUACAAUCCUUCAGCUCCCCCACCAUACAUCCCACCGCAACACACACAGCCUACUACUUGAGAAGAAUCUUGGAGGACUAAUCAGAAGAAGCCUUUCUCUCUGGGGCUGCUAACUCCCUUUUUACAGAACUUGUAGGGGGACUCCUACUGUCCUGAAACUCCAGCCUGUGUCAGUAUUUUCCAGUGGUAU